AUGUCUUCCACCCCAGCAGCCAAAAGAGUCCUCGUCGCAGGCCUAGGACGCUUCAUCGCCGCCGACCACGCCGCUCAAUUCGGCUCCGCACAAGCAAACCGCGCAUCCAUCAUGGCCAACCUCGAAAAAGCACGUCAGCACGGCUUCGAACCCUCUGCAGUGGAGUUAAACCCCAAUGAUCCCGCGACCAGCUUGAAAGAGCUGCGUGAGCUCCUGGUCGGCACACACUUCGAUGGUUUCACGAUUGGGUUCGGCAUUCGCGGGAAGAAAGAGUUCACGGAACUGUUCGAGGAUGUAGUAAAUCUGAGUCGGGAGUUGUCGCCGAAGACGAAGUUGGGAUUCAGUGUGGCGCCGGAUGCGGUAUUUGAGACUUUGCUGAGAAUGUUUCCCGAGAUGGGAGAGAAGGAGGAAUGA